AGCUCGGACAGGAAGCACGAACCACAACGGUAACGCGCUCCCUCCCCACAUUUAGUGAGUUUGCUGCCUCCCACCGCGAAAUUUUGAACGAAGGCCAGAAAUGACCCACAUCAAGCUCUCAUUUGUGUCCCACAUCAAAUGUCAAAUGACAGGAGAAAGAGGAAGAGAGAGAGAGAAAGAAAAGACAAGGUGGUAAUAAUAGUCUCUGUCGCCAUCCGCAACUGAGCUACAGUUGCUACUAGCUAGGUUUGGUGGGUCAUAAAAAUUGAGUAUUGUCUCUUUGCACCCAACGGAAUCUUUUUCAAUGAUAUGAAAAUUAGAAAGACCUGUGGAUGAAUGACCAGUUUGCUUCUUGGUUGUUUCCAGUCACAACAGUGAAGGCUAUCACAAGAUGGUGUCGUCCAACACGGCCAACACGGGCAUUGCCCAGUCAGAAUGGCGCAAGGACACUCCCAUCAAACAGCAGCAACAGCAGUCCGCGUCAAGUAAUGGCGAAUAUACAGUUCCGAAACGGCAGUCCACACGAGACUGUCUGUGUCAACUGGGCGAAGCGUGCAGUGGCAUGUCGACGGCCUUUGCCAUUCUCAAAGACCCUCGAGGAUGUUUUGUCCAAUUGCCCAAAGACGAUGCUCCACUCGUCGAAGCGUACUGUCAGUAUCUACGACCGUCCAAUGGCAUUUCCAUGAUGUCCAACAACAACAACACGUUAUAUGUGGCCGUCCAUCAUUUUGAUCCAUCCAUUCUGGAGCAACAACCCCAGCUGCAAAUGGAGCACUGCAUCGAACCGGAUUUGUUGCCCUUUCCGUCUGCCACCACGACGACGGAUGAGGCACAACGCAAUUUGCUCGCCGAGUUUUUGGAUACGCAAAGUAUGGGAUGGAUCUUGCCGUCGUACGGAUUUCAUCAAGCCCAUCGCGACUUGCGGCAUGCCAUGCAGCAACGGGUGGCAAUACUCCAAGAGGAAACUCAAAAGAAACGAGAAUUGCGCAAAACACGACGACGAGAAUUGCUCGAAAAAUUUGCCAAUCGCAUGAGUAAACCUCCCACAAAGAAAUCAUCAUCCAAAAGUACUACUACCGGUAGCACCAGUAGCAACCGAAACAAAGUGGCACCCAUGCAACAACGAGCCACACGACAAGACAGUGGCAUGCCCGACUUUGCAUCUUCUUCUUCGGCCCCUCCGAGAACAACCACGAGGGGAUUGGCGCCCAUGACGGUACGAGAAGACCUACAAGAACAUGAUGCCUUUUCUCAACAAGAAGCACCACCGACAAUGACUCAACCCGCCAAGCGACAAGAUAGUGGCAUGCCAGAUUUUACUUCGCCAUCUGUGCCCAGUAGAACGAGAGGACUGGCGCCCAUGGUGGAGACUGUUCGAGAAGACUUGCGAGAACACGAUGCCUUUGGCAUGUCGUCAGACCCACCGAUGACACAGCGAGCCACAAGACAAGACAGUGGAAUGCCGGAUUUUUCCACGGCAACCCCUAGUAGAACAAAGGCGGGGCAUCUCCAGCCGUCUGUCGGGACGGUGCGAGAAGACUUGGACGAACACGAUACAUUUGAGGCAGACGACCACGAUGCACCGUCCAUACCGUCGGCGACAGCACGCCAGGACAGUGGCAUGCCGGACUUUUCCAUGGCACUCACAGGACCUCCGCAAAAGACGACCCUGGUACAACACACUCCCUUUGGAGCUCUGACGGAAGAAGAAGAAGAGGAGGAGGAAGAAGAUGAUGAUGACCGUGGAAUUGAACUGAAUGACACCUUUGAUACAGCCCCAGAAGAACAUGAAGAUGCAGAACUACCAAUGCCGCCGCAACGACGACAAGACAGUGGCAUGCCAGAUUUUGCCGUGGCGGUGACAGGGCCACCCAAAAGAUCGUCGUUGAUACAACCCAACUUUGAAACCGUCUUUGAAGACGAAGAAUCUGAAGACUAUGAGAGCGCAGCCGAAGAGGAAGAAGAAGGGUUGGGGUACGAAACGCCGCAAGCUGAUGGGCUGGGGUACGGAACGCCGCAAGCAGCCACAAGACAGAAUGUGCCUCGUGGUCGAACAUCUCGAAGAGACACCGGUGCCCACACAACGUCGUCGUCUUGCAUUGCGCCUUCGCGGGGAGUACAACCCUCUGCCACCUUUGACACGUGUGAAGAGGGUGAAGAAGACGCUUUUGAUACCAUUGAAGAAGGGGACGAAGACGACGAAGAUGAAUCCGAUUUCGUGUCGACGCCAACGAGAGCAACAUCCAUCACACGAGGGUACUUUUCUCCAUCGUCGUCUGUCAGUCCAGUCGUCGUGUCGGAAUCGCGCUCCUUUGACAGCAACGAUGGGCGAGAUCCCAGUCUGUACGCAAGACCAUCCAAGCGGGUGAAACCGAGUCAAGACGGUGAUGACAGCGAGCAAAGCUCGAGGACUCGAGAGCUUUUUCAACCUAACGAUGAUAUACCCAACUUUCGAUCAAACAGCAGCUCCGCAUCGCCUCUCAAGAGUCCCAGCUUUCCACCACCACCCAACUUUAUUAGCAAGACCAUGGCGGAAGAAGAGGGCCGAAAGAGCUUUUCGCCUCCGCCACCACCCAACUUUAUCAGUGCAACUAUGGCAAGGGAGAAACAAAGACAGAGCACGUUUCCUCCUCCGCCAAAUUUCAUUAGUGCUAGCAUGGCAGAAUCAGCGGGGAUGAUGGUCCAUGCUGUUCCACCUGGGGAAGGGGGCUCUGUCGAUGUCGCCAAAGCGAUUCUUCAAGCACGAAAUGCGGCGUUACGGGGUUCCCAAGCUGCUGCGAAUGCAUCAUCGGCCAUGAAGCAAGGUCAAUUUGUCCCCCCACAGCCACCCAACUUCAUCAGUGCAAGCAUGGCCAAACAGAGUGUAUUCCCACCACCACCCAAUUUCAUCAGUGCUAGUAUGGCUGAAGAAGAGGCCAGGAAGAAGCUGUUUCCACCGCCACCUAACUUCAUCAGUGCAAGCAUGGCCAAAGAGUCCGGCUCGACUCAUGCAUCGCCUGCUGUCGCAGCUCUUCCUGGAGAUGCUGGUUCUGUCAACACAGCUAUGGCUAUCCUAGCAGCUCGAAACAGGAGUAUGGCAGGGACGAAAGGUGGGCCUGUAGGGACAGGUAGCACCCAAAUGCAGACAAAUUCGACAGGCUUUAUUCCUCCCCCAAUGCCCAACUUUAUCAGUGCGAGCAUGGCAGAAGAAGCAGAAGCUCAAAAGAGAAGUAUGUUCCCUCCUCCGCCAAACUUUAUCAGCAAAAGCAUGGCUGAGGAAGAGGAGAGGGAAAAGUUGUUCCCACCACCCCCCAAUUUCAUUAGUGCCAGCAUGGCAAAGGAGGCCGGAUUGGAUGCAUCUGCUCCUGGAUCGAUGGCCAUUUCUGGGAAUACUGGCGACGUUGGCACAGCUAUGGCUAUUUUGGCUGCCCGGAACAGAGCGAAGGGAAGCAUAGCAACUGGCGCUCCAAUGCAGGCACAGUCCAAAGGUUUUGUUCCGCCCCCAAUGCCAAACUUCACAAGUGCAAGCUUGGCCAAAGAAGUGGAAGCCAAGAAGCUAAGCUUGUUCCCCCAGCCACCAAACUUUACAAGUGCCAGCAUGGCUUCCCAGCAGGCAGCCCAAAAGAGCUUUGUGGCUCCUCCUCUACCAAACUUCAUCAGUGCGAGUAUGGCAGCAGAAGCCAAGAGGAGCGCGUUCCCAUCGCCACCCAACUUUAUUAGUGCGAGUAUGGCAUCCAGUACACCACGCCAAGCAACAACAGAAGAACCAGGUUUUCUGACGUCUGCAAUGCAGAUCUUUGCGGCCAGAAGUGAAGCCAAGGCAGCAUCCGCAAAGCAGGCGGAACCGAAAGAAGAGUUGGAUGAUUUUCGUUCUCUCUUGAAGUCUUCAAAAAUAACCGUGGAACAAAGCGACGAUGAGUUGUCCGACUCGGGAAGUGAAGAACACGAGAGAUGCAUUGGUAUUGAGGAAGACGACGAUGUUUCUGCCUUGGGUGAAACAUCGCUUUCCGACCCAGGACGUCCAAUAUCAUCCAUAAAUGGGGAUGAUGACAUGAACGUUUCUCAGAUAUCCGGUUUAUCUGCUACGAAAGCACCCGAGGGGGAUCCAAAAUUCUCGAGGUACAACCUUAGACUGAACGUUGGAGUCUUUUGGGGAAUUAUUAUACUCCUUUCAGUGACCAACCUUCACUACGCCAACGAAAUUAAGAUGCAGAAGGCCUUGGAACGAGGGACGCUGAAGGGUCCCGCAACGGUGCCGACUGAAUCACCAUGGGAAAGCGCUCCUGGUGAAGACGUUGGGAACCUGGAGACUUUGUCACCCAGUGCCUCUCCUCCGCCCAGGCGGUCUUGGCUCUGGGGAAGGUCGCCUUCAAUGGACUUAACGGAAGAUGAAGUGGACGUUCUCACACAAGAAAUGCUUGAUAAUGCUGCCGCGGACACCUCUAACGGUGUAAACGUGGAUCCUCCGCCAGAUGUUCCCAAGGCCUCUUCGUGGUUCUGGGGCUCUUCCAAAUCAGCAAAGAAUGUGCAGACAAAUGAAGCAAUCGAAGAUGCGGCUGGAACCGGAGAGAUCACUAUUCCUGCAGAUGAGGGCACAGCUGUACAUCAGGAAAUCGUUGAAAAGGAUUCAACUUCCCAACACGAAGUUUCCGCUGAAGAGACAGCCGCUCCCAAGUCUUCCUGGUUUUGGGGAAGGUCUCCCAAUCCCGCACCGGGCGAGGACGCAUUGGAUGACUCAGAACCUACAGCUGCUGUUGAAUUAGACGCAGAGGAUGGUACCGAGGUCGAUAAACCCGGUCGUUUGGAGGAUCCUGAGAGACCCGAGGAUAUCGCGGAAAAGGAAACUACCAAGCAGAAACCCUCCAAGUGGUUCUGGGGUUCAUCACCGACGCCCGCAUCUUCUAACGUGGAGGGGCAGCUAGAGGGCUCGGAGCGGCAAGCAGAAAGUGUAGGUCAAGACGAAAUCUUUGACAGAGAGCACCUUGCUGAUACAUCGAAUGCUGCUUCGGAAGCAACUGCUACGGAGACCACAGAUUCUCUUCCUGAAGAUCCUACCACCCAGGCUUCAGCAGAAAGUGUAACGGUUUCUCCCGAGGAUUCUCCAAUCAAGGAAAAGCCGAAGUCGUCUUGGUUCUGGGGCAAGUCACCUGCGCCGGUUCCAAAUGAAGAGAACAAGGACUCUGUCGAUAUCACGGAGGAAGUUCCCUCAGCCGAGGACGUUGGACUGCAGGACGAAAACGAUGCUGAAACAGAGAUUGGCCAAGGAGAGCCCACUGAAGAUACCAGCAACACUGACAGUGAGGUCAAGGCUGGCAUCGAAGAUGUGGCGGAAGACAUCUUUGAAGCAAAUGGCAAUUCAGCUGCAACAAAAACCAACGAAGAAAAGGCUCCAACGUCAUCGUGGUUUUGGGGGAAGAAGUCUGCUUCUACUUCACCAAAGGAGGAUUCCGAAGAUGUUGCCAAUGAAAGCACGAACAUCAGUCAGGUGGGACUUGGAGACGUUGUCGCCGAUUCCGAACAUGCUGCAACGCCGCAUGACAACGUAUCUGCGAAUACUUUGGGCGAUAUGGAAACACAAGGUUCGAGUGAAGAAAUGUCAAGUGAGGCCUCUGCGGACGUUGAGGGUGGCAAGCACUCUUCCUGGUUUUGGGGCGGAAAGGCUUCGAAAGAUGCCAAUGAUAUUGCUCCUGCCACAGCCGCAGGCGAAGUCGAAAGGGACGAUUCAGUGGCUGACAGUAAUGAAGCUGUUGCUUCUGCGAGCGAAGCAGAAGAAGCGACCGACGGCAAAGAAACUCCCAGCAGCAAGGAAACCACCGCAGAAGAGGAAUCUGGUAAGAGUGGAACUGACAACCACGUGGAAUCGGGUACUGCUGGUGAUGAAACUAAAUCGUCUUCCUCGUGGCUGCGGUGGCGGGCGUCUAAACCUGCGGGCGACGAUGUGCAUCGUGAUAGCGGCGCCAGCAGUGUCGUCGACGAAGCCCAGGUGGAAGAAGAAGGAGCUGAACAAUCGAAGGGAUCAGCCGGUAGCAGCGCUGAGAUUCAUGAUUUUUCGGUUUCCGAUGCCGAGGCUGGCGACGAUAAUGCUGCACAGGAGGAAACUACCGAAGACAAAGAGGGCUUGCAAGUUAGCAACGAUAGCAAUGCCGAAGUCAUCACUGAUGCUGUUGGUGAAUCGAAUACUGAUGAAGCUGCCUCGAAGGGCGACGACGGAACAAAACCCAAAAAGUCUUCUUGGCUCUGGGGGAAAUCGUCAAGUGAAGACGAGACCUUGAAAUCUCCAGAUUCUGCCGGCGAGGUUACUUCGGUAUUGGAAACUGAAGUAACUCCCACGACGGAAGCAGUUGUAAGAGAAGACGACACUCCACAAGAUGACAGCGAAGAUGCCCCUGCUACUGAUAACGCGAAGCUAGUUCUCGACAGCUCCGGAGAUAAAAAUGCCGACGCUGUGCCCGACCCCGACGAGGGUGGGAAUAAGCGUUCGAGCUGGAGUCUCUGGCGAUCAGAGGAUUCUUCUAAGACACAGCAAGAUAACAGUGAACCUGACAUUGAAUCUGUAGGGUCCAUCGAGAAUGUCGGGGAAGCGGGUUCGAGGCCAGAGGGGGUUGAUGGGGUGCAAUCUGUUCACAUCGUGAAGGAUGCAUCCGUUGAUACACAGGAAGAGCAUGCCCCAUCCAUCGACGAGCCACAGCAGGUCAGCGGAGACACAGAUUCACCUGGGCAUCAGCUUGACUCUAAGGGAGAAGCAUCGUUAUUAGAAGACCCGAAAACCACCGCUUCCUCGAGUAUGUGGCAGCGAUUGUGGGGGUCCAAGGAUAAGAACGAUGACUCACCAGAGGAGGUGCCUGCCCCUGUGGAGCCGAGUUCACCCGAAGAAGGAGGAACUGGGGUUCAAUCUGAGUCCAUGGAGUCGACAAGUCCGGUAACUACCAUCGGCGGCAACCAGGAUACGGCUGAUUCGGCCACUGGUGAGGGACCCGAGGAUGAAGUUGAAGAUCUUGCAGCAUCUGAGGACAGAGCCGAAGCAGCGAAUCGUCCAGUCGACGAAACCGUUGACUCUGCUCCUGACGAAAGUGCGGAUUCGACUGGGAAGAAGUCUUCGUGGUUUGGUCUGCGUUCAAGUUCCAGUUCUGUUGCAAGUGAAAGUCCAGCGAGCGAAUCUGGGGAGGAAGGAGGGAAUCUCGACGAAACCAAGGCAACUGAAAGCACCAGUGGCGUGAGUGGAUCGAGCGGAUCGAGCGAAGAUGUAACCCUCGACGAAGUCGCGACGGAAGGAGAAGGAGAAGAGACCACUGAUGUGGAGGAUUCAUCUACUGCUGUUGGAGCGGCUGCUGAAGAUGGAGCAGUUGCUGACUUGGAAAAUGUGAAUCGUUUAGAAAACGAAAAAAGCACUUCCAAGCGUAGCCUUUGGGGUUACUUCUUCGGCUCCAGUGAUGCGACGGGAGAAGAGGUUGUUGAUGGCGCUGAUCUGACGACGAGCGAAGCACAACCCAACCCAGAAGACUCUUCUUCCUCUAAUCAGCCCGAGAUUGACAACGCAGUGCAAAAUGUGGACUCACAAGUCGCAACCCAAGAAGACUCUAAUCCUCAACUUGACGAAAGUGAAUCUCAUAAUGAAGAAGAGAUUCCACCCCAACAGAAAUUGGAAACCCUUGAAAUUGGUCCCACUGAGCCCGAGCAAAGCGAGGAAGCUACAGCCGAGACUACUGGUACCGGCAGAACAGCGGACCAAACUCAUGAUUCUGGGUCUGUAUCUGAUGAGACCAAGUCCUCGUGGAGUUUGCGAGGUACUCUCAAAUCUUUUGCUGGUUACGUUUACCCACAAACCGGUGCAACGAGCGCAGAGACUAUUUCAAAGACUAGUGGAUUGGAAGGUGAUUUCAAGGUAGGGGGGCUAGCAAAGAAUGCGGAGGACGCAGAGGCGCUGGCGAAAAUCGUGGAAGAAGCAGUCGAUGCAUUGGAACAAAUCGUGGAAGAAGCAGAUGCCUCGACCAGCAGCAACAAGGGACGAGUUGGAAGUGCCGAAACCGAGAGUUCGGCGUUUACUGUCGAGUCUAAAGAACCUUCGUCGGAUGCGGAGUCUGCAAAGCCAGAAAUGGCUUCAAAUGCAGGCAUCUUGGGAAAAGGGAAAGGUGUAGCAUCCUCUUCGGACAGCAACACUGAGUACAACAAGAACGCAUCCAGUUCGUCUGGUCCAGGCCAGGCGGAUCUUCUUGGCGAAGGCGAAGAAACUGCCUCGGUCCAGUCUGCGGAAGAGAUUCAACCCAGGCGAGGUGAAGACGUGGAAACCACAGUCGCAGAAGAUGGCGAGCCUGUGUCCAACGAGGACACAAACGAAGACGUGACGGCCGCUUCAGAACCAAUAAAGUCCGAGUCCAAAACUGAUUCCGAUGUCAAAACUGAAGGCGUCCUGAGUUCAAGCAAAAAAGUUCUCGGGUCUCUGAUGGGAUUUCGGAAGGAUGAAGAGUCUGCCCCGGAAGCGGUAGAAGAAGAAAUCGUGGAGCAACAUAACGAGGGUGCCGUAGAGGGGACGGAUUCGGAGCCACCAAAGACAGCGGAGACCGCCGUGGAGACUCCCGAGGAUAGGCAGGCAGAAGAGUCUGUGGAUGGUGCGGAUGAAGCAACCGUCGAGAAGGACCAGCUUGCAAAUACGUCAACCAGCACAAGCCAGAAGAUCAAGUACUUUCUGAAACGUGCCAUAGUGGCUUGGUACAACUCAGGCUUUGCACUGGAGAGCACGCUCCUGGUGUUUGGAGUGUACUUUUAUUGGGGUCGAGUUUGAUACUCUACACGUGUAUUGUUUAUACCCCGCAGCAACGUGGGAGUUGCUUGUAUUGUAGAAUAAUGUAAAAAAUGGUUAUCACU